AUGUCUUUGAAGGGCAAAGUUGUUAUUAUCACCGGUGCAAGUGCCGGUAUUGGUGCAGCAAUCGCUAUUGAAUUUUCAAAAAAGAAUUCCGAUGUCAUUCUUGUGGGAAGAAACGAAACUAGACUCAACGAAGUUGCCAUGCAGUGUGAAGCAAAUGGAUGUUAUCCGACUGUCAUUAACGCAGAUAUAACAAUUGAUAGCGAGGCGGCAAGGGUCAUACAAGAAACAGUCAAAAAGUUUAAUAAAAUUGAUAUUUUGAUAAACAACGCUGGAAUACUUCGAAAGAGUAGUCUUAUAGACGGCAGUUUCUUAGAAGCGUUUGAUGAAAUUCUCAAAUUGAAUUUGCGAGCUGCGGUGAAUUUGGUUAAUCUGGCAACCCCACACCUUAUUGCAAGCAAAGGAAAUAUUGUCAAUAUAUCCGGUGUUGCAGGUAGACAGAUACUUGGUGUAGAUUAUGCAGCAUAUAGCAUGUUAAAGGCUAGUUUAGACCACUUCACUCGUGGCGCUGCCUUAGAAGUGGGAAAAUAUGGUGUGAGAGUAAAUACAGUUAGUCCAGGACCCGUGAAAACUGAGAUAUAUGACGGUGCCAGCAUAACUAUUGGUCAAGCAAAGGCAACACUGAAGACUGCCCUGAAUCGUUGGAGUUAUCCAGAAGAAAUUGCUGAUGUUGUUUUGUUUUUAGCGAGUGACAAAGCUGUUGGUGUUACCGGUUCAAAUUACACUGUAGACAAUGGUCUUUUAGUUAUGAAGUAA